UAGUUGUCUUUCCCACACAUACUCUCUCUCUCCUCUCAACUUCCCUGUCCCCUCUUCCUCCCUCCCUCUCUCUCUAUCUCGUUGUCCUCAGCAUCAUCAGCCUCAUCCCCAAAUUCACCCACCCCUGUCUAAUAAUUUGUACGUCUCCCAUAUCUGCCUCCUCCUCUCCCGGUUCUCCCAACUCGUCUCGUCUCUCCUCGUCUCUCCCCCUCCCACCGUCGUCGCCUCAAUCUUCACAAUUAUUAUCCGCCUCUGUGCACAAUUUCUCUGCAGCCAACCUGCGCUUCCGCCUCUCUCUUACUCUCGUUCUUCCUCCAUCCUCUCUCUCUGGCCGAUUCCGCGCAUUCGGUUCCUUUGUUUAUUUGUUCCUUCGUCCGGCUGCACCGACGGGAGGCAGACUGAGUGACUGCUGCGACACAUUAUUUCUCAGACGGCCUCGAUAUCGCCUCGCACCAACACCAGCGACUAUGGCCAGUAAGCAGGCGAGCAAGCGUUUGGCGCGCGAAUACAAGACCAUAUCAGAGAACCCUCCGCCGUACAUACAAGCCCAUCCGUCCGAGUCCAACAUCCUCGAGUGGCACUACAUUAUCACCGGCCCCGAGGACACUCCUUACUAUGGCGGCCAGUAUUGGGGGACGCUGAUCUUCCCCCCCAACUACCCCUUCGCGCCGCCUGCUAUCCGCAUGCACACGCCGUCGGGCCGGUUCCAACCCUCGACCCGCCUCUGCCUCUCCAUCUCCGACUUCCAUCCGCGAUCCUUCAACCCAGCGUGGGAGGUGUCCACCAUCCUGAUUGGCCUGCUGUCCUUCAUGACCUCGGAAGAGAUGACGACGGGCUCGGUGUCAGCCACGACGCACGAGCGUAAGAUGUUCGCUGCGCGAUCGAAAUGGUGGAACUCGACCGGCGGUGGCUCCCAUGCCAAGAACCCAGCACUCAAGGGGAACGUGAAAGCCGGAGAUGGGGGCGCCAAAUUCAGAUCCGAGUGGCCCGAGCUCGACAAGGAGAACUGGCGGUGGAUCACGGAGAAUAACAUCGAUGUGGUUACGGGUGCCAGGAAUGGCGGUGCAUCAUGCGGCCCGCAGCUGGGUAUCGCUGGUGGGAGCGGUGGCCAGACCCAGGCCGUCGUCGACGCCGUCGUGCAGCGCAGAGAUGCUGGCACCGGUUGGCUCAGCCGCAACAAGCUCCUAGUCUUUGGGGGCAUCAUCUUUGUCUACGUGCUGAUAGCUCGUAUCCUGGGAGAGGGCACCUCCUAGGUGACUCAUCCUCAUUCCAGGACGGGGCCCCCGUUGUCCCCACCAAAGUGUGUACAUAGACGCCCCUGAGCACGCACAGCCGCUUGCGUGGCGCUAUCUGCUUGCCGAAGUGUUGUCGGCUCUAGGCUGAGAUGGAACGUCUCAGUCCGAUUAGGUACCUACGUGGCAUCAGCUAGAGUAGGCAAGGAAUUGCCGAAUGAGCCCUGUCCGAGGGGUCAAGCCAGGGGCAGGCGUUUGGGACGAUGGGUAAAGGGUUGAUUUUGGCUUCGGAUGCUUAGCAAUGCUUUCAUGUACUAUAGGCGACCGUUAGAUAGGGCAAUAUUUGCUCCAAACGAGCCACAAGAAGUAAAAAAAAAAAGAGACGAAAAAGGAAAGCAGCCUAACACUACGUAUUGAGGCUAUGCUGACCGUCCUGUCUGCGGUUUCGACGUUA